AUGACUAAAAUACGGGCAUCAAAGCUACGUAAUAAACCAGAGCCUGAACUACAGAAGCAACUUGGAGAGCUUAAGACGGAGCUUGGCAAUCUUCGUUUGUAUCGGGUAACGAGAGGCGCAUCCUAUCAUGGAAAAUUGAAGAAAAUCCGGACACUAAGAAAGUCCAUUGCCCGUGUAUAUACAGUUAUUCAUCAGGCGCAAAAACUUCGCCAACGUGAAGCUUAUCGUUCCAAGAAAUACGUUCCCAAAGAUUUGAGACCAAAGAAAACCAGAGCAAUACGCAGAAGACUUAGUAAAAAAGAGCAGUCAAUUCAUUCUGCGCGUUCAAUGCGCAAGGGAACCAAUUGUAUGAAAUAUUCACAGUAUGUUGGUGACGCUAUUGUAUAUUAGACACUAACGUGAAACGAGAGAUUCAAGUCAAUAGCAAUAUGUAAUGUAGCUGUAAUAGACAUGUGAUCGUUUGAUUACUGCAGUGGUUGAUAUUUAGUCACAGUAACACGACUAUCCUCUUCUGUCCUCUUACAUCCGGGAAAAUGCGAUGCAAGUUGUUAUAUUUCAUAAUGUGAGG